AUGAAGCAUCAGGAUGAAGAAGAUGAAGAGGAGGAUAAAUAUGAGCUGCCCCCCAGUGAGGCUCUGCCCGUUAACAUAGCCCCUGCGCAUCCUCCUGACUCUGACUCUGAGGACGAUGAAGUGUACCUGGAUCCCUCUGGUCUCCAGAGCUCAUCCAAGUCACCGCUUCCGCCACCACCUCCACUGCCCCUCCUGCCCCAGUCCCAGCCCUACAUGGUAAAGCCAUCACUGAGCCUGCAGGAGGCGCUGAAGCUGGGACGGCACUUCUCCAGGCGAGUUGCAGCCCUGGCUCGGACUCUGAGCUCCCAAAUUCUGGUGCCCCCAGUACCUCUGUUAAGGACAUCAGUGGUGCCCAGGAAGCAGCAGAUGCCACUUUUAGAGCACCAGUGCUGUAAUCUGCUUCUUUCAGCAGGAAGGAGACCCUCUAUUUCCUCAUUAGCCACCACCAGGAACACCUCAGCCUCUGAGGACGACAGCCUGUUGGAACAGCCUUGGUAUUCAGAGAACUGUGACCGCCAUGCUGUUGAGAAUGCCCUCCUCCGACUGCAAAAGGAUGGGGCCUACACUGUGCGCCCCAGCUCAGGGCCUCAGGGUUCCCAGCCCCUUACCCUGGCAGUGCUUCUCCAUGGCCAUGUCUUCAAUAUUCCCAUCCGGCGAUUGGACAGUGGGCACCACUACGCCUUGGGACGGGAGAGCAAGAACCACAAAGAGAUCUUCUCCUCUGUAGCUGCCAUGGUUCAGCACUACACACAGCAUCCCUUGCCCCUGGUGGACAGACACAGCGGCAGCCGGCAGCACACCUGCCUGCUCUUCCCCACCAAGCCCUGA